AUGGCAGAGGCGAUCAGAGCUGUACGAGACUUGCAGCCGGGAUCCGACUACUUCGCGGAGUAUUACUGCUGGCCACUUCUUACUAUUGGAAUGCAUUUGGAACGUCAGGAUGAUCAGGAGAUGCUCAUGGGCCAGGUCCGUGCUUUCUGGAUGGCCACUAAUAAUGGGACUAUGAGACAGCUGGCUGAUAUUCUUGAACUAUAUUGGACAUCUACUCAAAACACUUGA